AAAUUUCUGAGCCCGAUGUCUCAGAACUGAUCUGCUAGUGAUUUAGUUUCGCUUCAUUAGUUGAUCCCAACGGAUCACUUCGGGUGAUCGGUGGCGCGAGUCGUGGAUUGAGAGCAGUUUAGCAGUUCUCAGGCGUUGGAAUUGGGACGUGCAAUAAGGAAAACGAAAGUGUUACCAAACCAGUGAUAAUAAUUUGCUUUGUGGGAACUGAUCGGCUAGUUAUAAAUAGCAAGAUCACAAACAUGAACUGGAUUACCAUUAACUGGAUUGUUUUGCUGGUUCACCUCCACCUGAUCGCAGUGACAAAGUGCGAAGAGUUUAUUGACCUGGCCGAAUAUGACAAAUUUCCGAGGCUAUUCGAGUAUGAUGACUUCGAGAAAUGCCGGGGGAAGUAUCGUCAGCAUUACGUUUACUGCGUUGUCCGGGCUCAUAUUGCACCGGACGACAAUUCUCUUCUGUGGAAAAACAUAAGUUUAUUCUCGAAGGACUGGCGUCAUUAUGAUCACCGGAUAGUGGAACGCGGGCUGUGCGUUCGGGAUUACAAAACUCCCGCUACCAAUGCAGCGCUGGAUCUCAAUGGGGCUGACAGCCCCUCGGAGGCACAGUUUUUCAGUGCUCUAAUAAACCAACAGUUGCAGGAAGGAUACAGUUUGCGGAUCGAGCCUGACAUUCAGGUUUAUCAUUGCUACCGAAAGGAAAACGAGUCACCACCGCUUGAUUUCCUCGAAAUUCUAUUCCUGUUGAUCACCGUGCCGCUGAUACUGCUAGUGAUCUUUUCCACGUGGAAAGAUCUGUCUCUGCAGAACGCACAGCGCUAUCCCAAUAACUAUUUCGCGGUGUCCCACUCGUCAAGCGGCGAGCGCCUCAUGACGGCCUUUUCCUUUCCUCGGAACAUUCGUCGGUUGAAGGUAUCAACCGGGAGCGACAUCCGCCGAGACCUACGCUUCCUGGAGGGGUUUCGGUUCAUCCAAAUGCUCCGAGUGACAAACCUACAUGUGAUCAUUGCCAUGGUUAAGGCUCCACAGGUCAACCCGGAGGAUGCCGAGAAAAGACUAUAUCGACCGGAGAGUGUCCACUACGUAGCGGAUUUCCAAAGUUACGUUCAAACUUUCUUCUCUAUAAGUGGGAUGUUGCUGAUGAUAAAUUUUCUCGAACAUACACGGAAGAAUCCAGAUUUUAGUAUGAACUAUUUCUGGGACCGGCUGAGGGCGCGAUUGUAUCGCAUCGUCCCGGCCUAUAUAUUUGUGCUGCUGCUGGAAAUGUCGAUAACGCGCCGAUUUAGCAAUGGUCCGUUGGCACAGCAUUUCAUAGGCGAAUCACAGGCCAGAUGCCAUCAGUGGUGGUGGACUAAUGUGCUCUUCCUGAACAACUACAUUCAAACCGAUCAACCGUGCUUACUCCACUCGUGGUACCUCGCAGCCGAUAUGCAACUGUACAUUUUUGCCCUCUGCACUCUGAUGAUGAUGUGGCGCUGGCCAUUCCUGAAGAAGUACAUCUUUGGGGUUGCGAUCGGAUGGGGUGUCGUCAUCACCCCACUCAUCAUCUACCUAACAAACCUGCCUCCGGUGAUGACGGAGGACCUAAAGUUGUACACCGAGUACAAUUUCGGCCACCGGUACUUCGACCUUUACCAACCCUUCCAUCACAACGUGACGAUCUUUUUCGCCGGGAUGAUGGCCGGAGCGAUCUACCACCAGUAUCGUGAGAAACGCAAAGAAAUCGUUAACAGCUGGCUGUUGACGUUCGCGCUUGUGGUCGGCUUCUGUUUGUAUCUGGUCGGCACGUUUACGGACGCGCUUGUGGUGCAGUACCAACCGAUCAUUCCACCGGUCCUACUCGCGAUCUACGCCACCGGAUACAAGCACGCCUGGGGAUUAUUCACGACAGCGGCACAGCUCAAACUGUCUCUGAUCAAUGUGGCAAAUCCCAUCAAGAGCUACUUCAACCAUCCGUUCUUCACGGUGCUGGGAAAGAUGUGCUACAGCUUCUACCUGGUGCACUUCACCGUGAUCGUACAGGUGCUGGCCGCCGUCAAGCAUCCCAUCUACGGCAGUUUUAGGUCCAUUGUCGAAUACACCUUCACGGUUUGCAGCUGGACGCUGGUGUACGGCUUGGCAAUUUGCGUCGUGGUGGAAUUUCCAUCGAAUAUAGUAUUACGGGAAUUGCUGGAGGAAAAACCCAAAAAAUCGGUGGAUCCCCCUGUGCUGACGAGAUGACGUGACUGUACAACAGCAGAAUGAUUAGCGCCAUUAAAAGUUCAAAUAGUUUAUUGACGCUUGGUGAAUGUUCACAUUGUGCACCAAUGCUUAUUUAUACACCCGAGUAAAACCCGCUGAAAAUCAGGAAUCAGUUUCCGUUGAGUCAACAAACAAUGUACAAAUAGACACCUCAACACACGCUUCCUGUAUUCUUAGAUCAAUAUUUCGCAAAAACGAGGCGCGAGAACGGAUAUUAUUGUGAAAGUAUUAAUUGGUAUUUACUAAGUCAAGUUUUUUUUUAUAGAAAUACUUUGGUGAAUGUCAAAGGUUAGCAUAAGGUUUCCAACAACUAACACAGCGUAACAAUAAAGAUGGGACUAGUUGAGUCAACAUACAAACAGUACAAUAUCA